AUGCAGACUCUUCUGGCUCUGCUGCUGCUCUGCGUGGCCGCGUGCUCAGCCUACCCGGUGGACACAGCCGCAGAGGACAGAGACAGCAGCAUGGAUCUCCUGCAGCAAUACCUAGAGAACUACUACAACCUUGCCAAGGAUGUGAAACAGUUUGUGAGACGAAGGGACAGCGGUCCUGUCGUUAAAAAAAUCCGAGAAAUGCAGAAGUUCCUCGGGUUGGAGGUGACGGGGAAGCCGGACGCCGACACUCUGGCGAUGAUACGCAAGCCCAGGUGCGGCGUUCCUGACGUCGGCCAGUUCACCACCUUCCCUGGCACGCCGAAGUGGAGGAAAACUCACCUUACCUACAGGAUUGUGAAUUAUACACUGGAUAUGCCAAGAGAGGCUGUUGAUUCUGCCAUUGAGAAGGCUCUGAAAGUCUGGGCAGAGGUGACUCCACUGAAUUUCUCCAAGAUUUAUGAAGGAGAGGCUGACAUAAUGAUCUUUUUCGCAGUUAGAGAUCAUGGAGACUUUAACCCUUUUGAUGGACCUGGAAAUAUUUUGGGUCAUGCCUAUGCGCCGGGGCCUGGCAUUAAUGGAGACGCUCACUUUGAUGAUGAUGAGCAGUGGACAGGGGACACGUCAGGAACCAAUUUAUUCCUCGUUGCUGCUCAUGAACUUGGCCAUUCCCUGGGUCUCUUUCACUCGAAUGACCCCACAGCUUUGAUGUUCCCCGUCUACAAUGCACUCACAGACCUGACCCGCUUCCGCCUUUCCCAAGAUGAUGUGAACGGCAUCCAGUCCCUGUAUGGCUCUCCCCCUGUGCACCCUGAUGGCCCCGCGGUGCCCACGGAAUCUGCGCCUCCAGGACCUGGGACACCAGCCGUGUGCGACCCUGCUUUGUCCUUCGACGCCAUCAGCUCUCUGAGAGGAGAAAUCCUGUUCUUUAAAGACAGACAUUUUUGGCGCAAAUCCCUCAGGACACCUGAACCUGGAUUUUAUUUGAUCUCUUCUUUUUGGCCAUCUCUACCUUCAGGCUUAGAUGCUGCAUAUGAAGAGACUAGCAAAGAUAUUGUUUUCAUUUUCAAAGGAAAUCAGUUCUGGGCCGUCAAAGGAAACGAGGUACAAGCAGGUUAUCCAAAAGACAUCCGCACUCUGGGUUUUCCUUCAAGUGUAAAGAAAAUAGAUGCCGCUGUUUCUGAUAAGGAAAAGAAGAAAACGUACUUCUUUGUAGAGGACAGUUACUGGCGAUUUGAUGAGAAGAGACAGUCCAUGGAGCCAGACUUUCCCAAGAAAAUAGCAGAAGACUUUCCAGGAGUCGACUCGAAGGUUGAUGCUGCUUUUGAAGCAUUUGGGUUUUACUAUUUCUUCAGUGGAUCUUCACAGUUGGAAUUUGACCCAAAUGCAAAGAAAGUGACACAUGUUUUGAAGAGCAACAGCUGGUUGAAUUGUUUAGAUGUCUAGAAGCACAAUGUGGGCAUUUGAAGUGAAACUGAGAAUUCUUCACUGGAGUUUUUUUGAAUCGAGAUGGUCCCCUUUCUCCUGCAUGUACAAGCAUAAACUGCACAGUUGACUUCACAUGUGACAGGGCAUUCGAGCAGGCUGCUAAGCCUGUACUUUGGUCACGUGGAGUAGCUUCCACAGGAGAAGGGAGAGCACUCGUGUGCAAGA